AUGUCGCCCCGGCCGGCUUCCCACGCCUUCGCUGCCUUCUGCGAGGAGUUCGACGAGCACACCAACGCUGUCAUUCCAGACACCCGCAGAGUCGCCAACGUGUCCGCCAAACGGUCGAGGCCCGAGCUAGUCCCGUCGACCGCCCCUGCUGCUGCUGCGGACGGUGCUAGCGAUUCUGGCUACUCCAGCAGGACUGCUGCCACCGUUGGGAGCGGUGACUCCUUCGCUAGCGACACUGUGAGCCCUACCUUUCCUCCAUUGGCUCCGGCCGCCUCGCCCGCUGCUACCGUCGUGCCGCCGCGCGAGAUCCCCCGUGAUCAUCCUCGCUUGCGUGACCGUCUCGACGAGAAAGAAAAGGACCGUGCUGGGAAUAAAGCCAGAGAGAAGAAAGACCGCAAGGACAAGGAAAAAGAACCCGCUAGACAGCCACCCCCACCUCUGGCUCCCCUCAAAACUAUGCCCGCGGCUUCUCCACGAAGCUCGAGCAAACCUCCCGCCGUGCAAAGGUCCUCGUCUAAAUCGCACAAACGGGACUCGAUCGGCUCCCGACAUCCUCCAGGUGCCUGUUGGGAGUGCGAUCAGUGGGGAUACCACCCAACACCCGUUACUGCUGCUGGCGUCGACCCGCGGAUGAUGGACUCGUCCGGCUACUUCCAACCUCUCCAGGCCCAUCAGUACGACAUCCCACCAUCUCCUCAGACCUCACGAUACGCUCCGGUCAUCACCCAAGAGAUGCAUCCCGCUUCUCCGGUCGUUGUGCCGCAGCAGCGUACUCAUCGGUCGAACUCUUACCAUACCCAGAGACCCGUCAGCUACCACGCUGGCACGGUCCCCGACAUGAACAUGAUGUAUAUGCCCAUGGGCCAUGCCUACGGUCAUGGACCCCCGCUUUCUGCCUCUGCAUAUGCAAAUUCUUUCUAUCCGCCCUCUCCUUACAUGACGGGCGAGGUUACUGUUCACCAGUCUACCAAGACGCCCUACGAAGCGACUCCACGUUCCUCCCACGAACGUCCUCGCGAGCGUCCUCGUACGACCUCUAUUGCACGAUCCUCCACCGAGAAACCCACUGCUAGGCGUCCAUCUGUCUACAAACGACCCAUCGUGGAAUAUAAUACUGCUCCAGCCACUCCCUAUGAGCCUGAGGACUACAAUCAGAGAACCCCGCAGCCGGACCAGCGUGCCCGCCGUCAGUCUCGUUCCUAUGACCCGGAUGAGGAUUACUAUCGCAUGCCACCGCCAUCCAACCCACCACCGAAGCCAAAGCAGCCCACCCAGGUCAUUCCAAUCAACGCUAAGCGUCCAGCGGUGCGUAAGUCCAGCACCACUACUUCCAUACCGCCAACCCAUCGCCCUGAUGCCUAUGAUAUGGCGGAUAUGCAUCACGCUCUUCCACCCAGGAUGGGACGCAGGGACUCGCGUGACCCUAUGGUCGAGCCGGAACGUCGACCUAGCGUCCCGGCUACUGCCCGUGAGCGAGUUCGUACGUCGGCUUACUACGAUUCUGGCCCGCGAAGAAUCGUGGUGGAAAACUCCCGCCGUCGCCGCUCCUCGCUCUACAAUGUUGAAACGCCCCACCAGAACUUGGAGCAGAAGCAGCGAGAGGCCGAGGAGUACCAGUCACGCACCCAGAGAAGUGCACCGCUGACCGCAGAGGCUCUUCGUAAAGUCCGUUCUACUCAUCAGCAGAAGGUGGCGGCCAUUGACAGUGACUCUGACGACACCUCCUCCGAGAGCAGCCACGAAAGCGACACCCAGACCAAGAACGGAAGUGGCGUCGGCAGCGGCCCAGGAAGCGGAGUGGGCAGUGGCCCCGGCAGCGGCGUUUCUCGAGUUGACGAUGACAGCAUCACGAUGAUUUUCCGUGGCAUCAAAAUCGACCUCUCCGGCGGCACCAUGGACAAGCGUAUCAACCUACGAUCCGGCGAGGAAGGCAGCAUUGAGCUGAACAUCGAAGGCAAACGGGGCUCCCAGAAGUACCUCAUGUCCCGAUCUGACACCACCAGCGUGGCUGGCAGCCGCAGGGAGUUCGAGGAGGUUCGUCGCAUUCGAGAGGACUCCCGAUCUGAGCGGGAGAGCCGCCACUCCAGCCGAUCUGGCUACAGUGGCCGAGGCAUGUUGGAUUAA